AAAUAUACUUAUCAAGCCUAUACUCUGGGUCCCCAAAGCUUCAACCUCUCAGCCUCAAACCCAGCCUUAUCCUCUGCCGUGGUCUUCAAGAACCCAAUCUCCUUCCAGAUAUGGAUAUACUUCCUCACUACCGUCUCGGAAACAGGUCCGACGGCUGAAAGAGACUUGGAGUGCUCAAGCGAAUGCUUCACAUCGAGAACAAGGCCACCACAUGCCAUGCGCAGGUAUGUGUCUUCAAGGAAGUCGGCGAGCAGAGCAGCGGGGUUAUCCUGCUGAGGAGCUUUGCGCACCAUGUCGAGCCACUGCUUGAAAGGGACCUUGUUGGGAAUGCGAAGGGUGUCGGAGAGGAUGUUGUUGACAUCGCGCCAUUGUUGGCCGAUGGGAUUAUCGAUGUGAUAGAUUGGGUAUGGGGUUCGGUCGGAGAGGAUGAGAUCGGUUAGACUAUCCGCGAUGUCGUUGACAGGAGUCCAGUUGAGAUUGCCAUCGACGUCAGGAAGAGCGUUUAGAGUCUGGGAGGACUUGAUGAGGAAGCCAAAGUGCUCCAUGGGGUUCCAGUAGCCACUCGUCUUGGAUCCAGCGAUCUGACCAAGUCGCACGACCAUGGGACGGAAACGAUCGGUAAACUUGUGGAGAGUCUCAUCAAGCAUCCUCUCACAACCCCAUUUCGCUUCAGCGUAUCCGUUACCCAGUAGUGAGUCAAUGGUAGUUCUCUCCUCGGGCACAACAAUCUUGCCAGUCUGUCCAGCGGCAAGACCCCACUGUCCAACAACCCCAAUUGAGGAAAUCAUCUGGAAGCUGAACUUGAAGUCUGCAGGACGACUAGAAGCACACUCACGUCCCAGAUCAAGAAGAUUGCGGAAGACCUGGAACUGCGACUCAAAGCCUGAAAGAGGACGCUUCGCACUCAUGGGCCAGGCAUUGUGAAUGAUGUGCGUAACAGACUGAAUCAAAGACUGGUAUUCACUGUCGGCAACUCCAAGCUUGGGCUUCGAGGUAUCGGCCUGGAAGAUGCGAACCUUGGACUUGAGAUGCUCUGGGAAGCGGAUUCCCUUGUCUCUCAUAGCCUUGUACUGGCGGGUAGUCGCGUCUUCUCUGUUGGGGCGGUUGAGACAUAUGAUGGUGCGGACUUCUUCGAGUUGGGCCAGGGCGUAGACGAGAUGGCUUCCCAAACCGCCUGAUGCGCCUGUGACGAGGACGACGUUUUCGUUCUUGCCGAGAGAAGGACCAUUGGGGUUUGAAGUAGGCGCCUUGAAGCCAGCGGUGUACUUGUUGACAAGCUCAGUGAUCGCUUGUUCACGUGCGGCGAGGUUCGAAGUGUCGCUAUGGGUGACUACUGUUUCUUGCGCGACAGCUUCGGAGACAACAGGUGCAGGAACCGCAGCAGGUUUAGAAGCUGGCGUAGCCAAACCCAUCUCCCGCGCCAGCAUGGUCUUGAGGUCGCCAACAGUCUGACACUCCAUAAACAGCUGCUCAUGCGCAAUAUCCAGCCCAAACGUAUCCUGGAACCGACUCGCAAUAACAAGCGACAGAAGCGAAUCAACACCACAAUCCGCAAAGUUCGUCUCGUCAUCUAGAUCAGAUCUCGCAACACCACUCUCCUCAGAGAUAAUCUCAAGAGCGCGCUCAAACUCAACCUCAGCUGAUUCCGCAAACUCCUCUUGGAGCUCUGGGGUAGCGCUCCCAGUGGUGGUCGUGUCACGACCAGAAUCACUAGCUGCAGAGGAUGAACUUCCAGAGACAUCUUCGUCUGCGCCGAGAAAGGUUCGUAGAUCCUUGACGGUGGGAUGUUCGAAGAAGAGAGCGUUGAAGUCAAGGUCAAUGUCGAGUUCCUCUUGGAAGCGAGCAGAGAUUGUAAGACCAAGGAGGGAGUCGAUGCCGACGUCUGAGAAGGUUGUGCCGUCGGUGAAGUCGGAGACGUCGAUUCCGCUCUCUUCUGAGAUGAUGCGGACUGCGGUAGAGAACUUUGGUGGUUCUACCUUGGCUGCUGGUUUGUUCUGUGUUGGCUUGGCGGUAGACUUUGGUUGUGAGGGAGUGGUUCGGGGUUUGUCUUGCGUCUGGCGCUGAGGCUGGCCCUUCUUACCACUCUCAAUAGAGAGGAUCACCUUGAGGACUCUUCGCGGGACACCUUGAAUCGCGAUCUGACCGAAGAAAGCAACAACCCUAUCCUGGUCAAAGAUCGUCACAUCACCAUACCAAAGCUUAUCCUCCCCAGCAUGCAUCUGAGUAUAAGUAGUAUACUCCUUCUCAAAGUCCAAAGGCUCAAACAGCUCAAGUGACCCCCAGCCAUGGUUCAUGUAAACAUCCACAUCAAUGUCAGUGUGAUCAUUGCAGUUCAUAGCAAAGCCACAAGACUGAGUAAGAGCAUCGAUGACGGCGGGAUGAGUGUGGAAGUCACCAUCACGCUUGACGGUGCCGAAGCUGAUCUUGCUGGAAGCUUCGAGGGUUUCGCUGUUGAGGACGACUUCGUCGAUGGCACGGUAGUCGUCGUGGAAGCGGGCGAGGGGACGGAUCAUGCGGUAUGCCAUGGGGCGAUUGAAGCGCGCGCUUUCACCGGUGGUGAUUUGGUUGCGGAGGUUUUGCAUCUUUUGCUUUAUGGUGCGGGCUUCGCUCUGGAGGGCGUCUUGAUGGCUUCGGUCUUUGAAGCGGACUACACAGGCGGAGUGUUCCUGCAGAUUGCCCUUGUUCUGCAAGGUUGUAAGUUUAGGUGCGGAUAUCGAAUGAAAAAGAUACUUACAUCGAAAGACAUGAACUUGAUUGAGACUGACUGAGAUGACCAGUCUGCAUCAGCAUGGGCCUGGAUAGGCUGUCGAGAUCCAUCACCACGGAGGAUCAAGGCCUUAUACACGGUCAUGUCCGAGACUACUACCAUAUCAUCCUUCUGCUGUGGUUGAUACCUCUCAAGCAGAUACUUACCGAGACUCAGCGCGAUAUCAGCAUAGACAGAAGGAGUGCAGAGAGGGAUCCCGUCGACCUCAUGGCCUUGGACGAGAGGGCUCAAAUCCUUGCGAGCAAUAUCAGCCUCAACAACAAUAUGAGUUUUCUUAGAGUUACCGCUCUCCUCAACAACACUGUGGAUAGUAGUGCUCUCAAGCUUGGACACAUUGUUGAUGACCAAAGGAGGGUCACCCUUUCGCAGCGACCAGUCGUUGACGUACUGGAUCCAGUACUCCUUGAGAUCCCAGCUAUAGGCCGGAAGAUCCACGACAGUGUGUGCGCCAGGGAAGUUGCUCUGGUAAUCAGCCCAAUUGAUGCUAGCUCCAGCAUCGUAAAGACUCUUGAGCGCUGCGGAGAGCAUAUCCCAGGGUGCUCGGCUGCGUUGGAGGGAGGCGACGCAGGUGAUCUGUUGGCCGAGGGUGGGCUUGACCAUGCCGGAGACGGCUGGAUGAGGACCGACUUCGAGCACCAUUGAGCGAUCGCUGAGAUAGCCGUCACGAUAAGCAGUGGUCAAUGCGGUGAGCAUGUUGACGGGCUGUCGAGAAUGGCGGGCGAGAUAUGAGGCAUUGAAUGGGUUCUCAUUCUCGAUGACAGUACCUUCCAAGGGACACAGAACUGGGAUUCGGGGCUCUGAGAAAGCCACUUUUUUGGCGAGCUUCUCUAUGUCGAAUACCACUGGCUCCAACUGGGACGAGUGGAAAGCGUAAGGUACCUUGAGAAGAGUGGUCUUGAAGCUAGCCGCCGUGAGCUGUUCCUUGACCUUGGCGAUCUGCUCAUUCGGACCAGCAAGAACAGUCUCGAUAGGAGAGUUAAUACAAGCCGUCUCAUAGUUUUCUCCCUUCAGAAGCAUUAGCGAUCUCCUCCUGGGAUCCCUUCACCACAAGCAUGGCGUGGGUACCGCGAGUACACUUCUGCUCAAGAAGCUGCGCUCGACCACCAACAAGAAACAACGUAUCAGUAUCCGACAAAACACCAGCAACGUUAAGAGCAGCAUAUUCCCCGAGACUGUGUCCCACAACAGCAGUCGGAGUAAUUCCCCAAGUCGCCCAGAGUUUGCUCAGCGUAAUCUGAAGACAAACACUAGCAAGCUGGACAAGUGAAGGCGCAAACUUGCUGACAUCAGGCUCAUCAGAUUGAAUGAAAGAAAGCAUCGAAGUGAAUCCCAAAUUCUGAGCAAUCCGAUCAAGUGAGAGAAGCUCAUUGCGCACAAACUCAUUCUCUUCAAAGAGCUGUUUUCCCAUUCCAGGGUACUGAGCUCCUUGACCUGUGAAAGUAAAGACUACCUUUGGUGCAGCCUUGGGUCGCGUGACGCCAGUGUUGUUCUGAAGAGCUGUUUCGAUCUUGGAGCAUAUUUCUUCGGGGGUAGCGCCGGGGACGAGAAUGCGGUGUUGGUGGUGGAUGCGUCGCGCUGUGGUGGUGUAGGAGAGCUCGGCGAGGGAGGUGUGUGGGUUUGUGCUGAGGAACUUGAGCAUUGAGCGCAUGUUUCCUUGAAGAGAAACGCCGCUCUUUGCAGUGAUGGCGAUGGGGAAUUGAACACGAGAGUCACUGCUGGCGAUGAGUUGUUUUCUAGGUGGUGCGUCCUGGAUCAACAGCGCGGAGUUACCUCCCGCAGCACUGAAGUUGUUGACAAAGACACGUCUGGGGUUAGUCUCUGUACCUUUCUUCCAUCCUGUUGGUUCCAAGGCAAUUCGAACGUUUCGUUGGUCGAGAUCAGUGGGAAAGCGAUGAUUGAUCUUGUUCUUGAUACCGCAGUGUGGAACGAUGGUAUCCUUCUUGAGCAUUUGAAGAACCUUGAUCACACUGCAGACACCAGAAGCAGCUUCUCCGUGGCCGAUAUUUGCUUUCGCUGAGCCGAUGUAGAGCUUCUGGGAGUCUGGGCGGGCGACUUUGCCUUCUGCUAGAGGAGGUGCAAAAGUCUCGAGGACACUGGACAUCUCGGUUGCAUCGCCAGCUUGCGUACCGCUAGGCAUGCAUGUGAUUAGUAUGUAAGGUAAAAGAGAGAUGGGGAGUUGACUUACGUUCCAUGCAUUUCGACGUAACUGACAGAAUAAGGAUCAACAGCAGCCUCGUUCAAGAUCUUGUUAAAGAUGACCCGCUGCGCACCAACAUGCGGCCGUGUAAUCGACUCCGACUCAGCAGAAUGAUUCGUAUACGCCCCAAGAACAACGCCCAAGAUCGGAUCAUUCUCCGCAAUCGCAUCAUCAAGCCUCUUGAUAAUAAUAGUCGCUACACCUUCACCGCGACAGUACCCAUCAGCCCCAUCAUCAAAGGUCUUACAGUUUCCUGUGCGUGAGAGAAAGUGUCCCCUGUCAAGACCAGCGUGGUAAUCUGGGUUGGUCAAGACAUUCGUACCGCCGGCGAUGGCAGUGUCGACGUCGCCUUGCCAGAGGGCAUUGCAGGCUAGAUGGAUACCGGCGAGGGAUGAUGAACACGCUGUGUCGACGGCGUAGCUGGGACCGCUGAACUUGAAGAAAUAGUUGAUGCGGCCGGGAAUGAAAGCUCGGUUUCCGCCGGGGAUGAAAUAUGUGUCGAUGUUUUGAGCGCUGUUCGUUUCCAUCCAGUCGUUGCUAGUGACACCGUAGAAGAUACCAACACGAUCAGGUCGAGUAGAUGGCGUGGCAUCAGGGACAAUACCGGCUUGUUCAAUCGCUUCAUAAGCUGUCAUGAGAGCUAACCUCUGCGCGGGAUCAAUCUGAGGAGCUUCACGGGGAGAAAUGUUGAAGAAGCGAGCGUCGAACUCAGAAGGAUCAUCUAGCCAGCAACCAAACGGAGUAGCGCUUGUGUUCUUUGCUGCGCCGGUAGGAUCGACGUGUGUUUGCUGAUCCCAGCGAAGACUUGGAACGGGCUUGUGCACGUCGAGGCCUUUGUAGAGAAGAUCCCAGUAGGCUUCGUUAUCCUUUGCACCGGGGAAGCGGCCGGACAUCGCGACGAUAGCAAGCUUUGGCUUACUCGUGCCAGCGUCAGGAACGCUAGGAACACUGGUUGGUUGGCUGGGCACGGUAGUCUCUGGAACGAGAUACCGAAGAGACGUCUUCUUGAGAGCAGUGUAGAUCAAAUGCUCAGCAUUCGAACCAAUCGACUGAACAGUAAACUGCUGAGACCCAGUAGUCUCAAGAGCAGCUUGGACAUCAUCAAAGAUCGAGCUCCAGCGUAGAGGAUGAAGAAGAGCUUGAGCGAUCGCAUCUUCCAAAAGUAUCGCGAAGCUUCGCUCUUCAGGCUUAGACCCCGUGCUGGAGAGAAGAGGAAUCUGUUCAGAUGGUGACACGGCCUUGUUAAGCAUCAAACCAUCAACGAUCCGUCGGGCAUCUUUCUGAGAGUACAGAUGCGGUGCGUGGUAAGCGCCAUAGAUGGGAAUGGCUUUGGACGUAAUGCUUUUGGAAGAAAGCCACUGCGCAAGGUCGCUAAGACGCUGAGGCGGUCCGCUAACGGUUAUGCCAUUUGGUGCAUAGGCACUGAUAUAAGGCAUGCUAGUCAAGACACCGCCGUCCUACAGUAUCAUAUCAGAAUCCAAUUGUUAUCCCAUUGUAUGGUACUUACGUUGGCAUCCCAGAACUCCUGGAAGGCUUUGGCUGCCUUUUGACCCGGGACAAGAAGAGCCCAGCUCCUGUUCAAGUCUUGGCCUGGAUCAACUCGUCGGGCUGUAUCAGUAACGAGAAGACCUGUUCGGAAAGCCGCGACCACGGAUGACACAGCCAUAGGGAUCAGAUCUGCUGUGAAGCUACUGCAACUCACAGCCGCAGCUGCGAAAGCGCCGGUGCAGAGACCAACUACCCUUGUAUUUUGCGCAUCAUACGAAGAGAUACCCGCUUGACUACUCUUGUCAACAUUCCCCAAAGCACAAUUGAAGGAUAAGUGACUUACCUAAUGAAUGUACCAAGCUGAUACAACGUCGUCAUCGCCAUAUCAAGCGCCACACAUCGCGGGCCACUCUGAUCCCAGAGAAGGAGAUCCUCCUGGCACGUGAACCGCGGGAGAUCCUUUCUGAUACUAAACGGGAUUUUGAAGAGUUCAGCACGGAGGGCGUUGUAGCUCUGGUUCAGAAACUCAUGAAGGAAGAGAUUGUCGCGCUUCUGGAGGAGGUGCUGUAAGUGAGGUUGGACCUCAAAGGUUUGGUCUCCGAAGAGAUACAGCUUCAUGUGGGAUACCAUGACAAAGGUGUUGAAUCUUGCAGAUGUUUGUUGGUUGAAGUCUAUGAUGUUUUGUCUAUAGCUACUCUUCUCUCUCUUGGCUUUGAUGAGACGAUGCCUCUUUUAUCUACCUUCAUAUCACUCUCAUUCUUUCUGCUGACCUUAUCUAACCGUCAUCUUCUAUCAGAGAUAGAGAUCUUCAUCUUACUCGGAGUCCGGCAUAUCAGACUAUCAAUCUUCUGAAUGCCGUCAUCAGCGACCCGACGUCAACAAAGAGGUUCUCGUUCCCGACACUGAGCCUCAACAUACCCAGAUAAUGCACGUCUGACCCAAAACAGACACAUUACCGCUGUCGUCUUACAGAACACCAGCCAUUUUUCUGUAUCAAGAGCCUGUAAGACGGCGUCCGAGUCUCGGGAAUCAGGUCGGUUCAGCUCGGGAACUCCACGGCGACUAAGGACUUCGGACGCCGCGUGAUCUCGUCAUCUCUCAUAAAGCUUGAUCCUAUCGCAUUCAAUAAUUUCUCUGUGUUUAACACUAGGCAGUCAGUACUGAAGUGCAAAUAUGGACAAGACGGAUAGAUACGCUGUCAUUGAGCAUGUUACGCAGGUCAAACACCUUGUGCAUGAUCCGCACAGCUUCCUCACUGAGUUAGUCGCCCAGCAGCAGCAGUAUCACUGCAUUGCCUGGCUUUGCCACUUCGACAUCCUCUCCAAGAUCCCCCAGCCUCCAGAGUCAAUCACCUACUCUGAUGUCGCCGCCGAGGCGAAAGUCCCGCUGUCAAAGCUGCAGUCUGUGGCGCGCAUGGCGAUGACUACGGGUUUGCUUUGCGAGACCAAAGAUGGCAAGCUUUCUCACAAUACCCUUUCUGCGCAGUUCGUUACGAAUGUUCACAUGAAGGUGCAGCUUCUUCAUAUCUUCAAUCAGACUGUUCCUCUCAUGGCGGGCUUGAUUGAAGCUACGGAGAAAUGGGGCGAGACGUCUGCGACUAAUGAGACGGCUUACAAUAUUGUGCACAACACUGAAUUGUCUUUCUUUGAGCAUUUGAAGACGAGACCUGAUCUCAAUGAAGGCUUCCAGGCUUAUAUGAAGAGUCGUGCUGUAUCACACACGGGCUCUAAUGUUGAGCAUCUUCUGAACGCCUUUAACUGGAAGCCCUUGGGACAAGCGCAAGUCGUUGAUAUCGGUGGAAGCAGUGGCUCAACAUCCAUCAUGCUAGCGACGGCAUUCCCGUUACUCAACCUCGUCAUCGAAGACCUCCCAGAGCCCAUUGAGAACGCCAAAACUCGUCUGUCUGACUUACCAUCCGACAUCAAAUCUCGUAUUGAGAUCAAGGCCUACGACUUCUUCACUCCCCAACCCAUAAAGAACGCAGACGUGUACCUCUUGCGCACCAUUCUUCACGACUGGCCCGACGCUGAUGCCAUCAAGAUCAUCCAAGGCAUCGUCGCAGCCAUGGGUCCAUCCAGUCGCUUGUUGAUCAUGGACAUGGUGUUGCCCAAGCCAGGUUCUGGGUCUGUGACCUUUGAAGCAGCGCUCAGACAGAAGGAUCUCACCAUGAUACAGUGCUUUAAUGCGCAGGAGCGGGAGGUUGAGGAGUGGAAUGCCCUGCUUACCAAGGCUGAUCCAAGGUUGAAGAUACAGGCGAUUGAGAGACCUGCUGGGAGUGAGUUGUCGGUCAUUGAGGCUACGCUAGAUGGGUCUCCGGAGCAGGCGGCGUGGCUUUAGACAGAUUUAUAGAUGAGAUCUCAAUGACAUCUUUAUUGCCGUAACUUUGCUUCUCUCGAUGGUGGCGAUACUUGCCAUGUCAUUGUAGAGAUGAAAUGACGGCAUGUCAACUGUGG